AUGAGCUUAAAAAUUGACAGGUGAAAUAAUAAAAUUAAUGAGGAAUUUUGAAAACAUUACUUACUAUUUGUUCACUGAAAAAUUUUUGAUUUGAAAUUACUAUUAAAAAACUUAACAGAUUUUUGGUCCAGAUGUAUUCCUUGAAGACAUUUUCUUACUCCCCCCAUUAAUAGCGGACGAAAAAAUCGUCCGUUAUUAAAUGGGGCAUAACUUAAAAAGUUCAAUAUUUAUAUAUAUUUUUCUAUUUAAAAUUUUUUUAUAAAAGGUCUGAAAAAAAAAAUCUAUUUUAAAGGUCGAAAGAGUAACACUAAAUCUAAUAAAAUGGAGUUGAAUGGAGAAAGCAGAAAGAGAAAAAGACUAACAGCUGGUGAUAAGGUAGUUAUUGCACAAUACUAUCUGGAUCAUCAAAAUGAAGGUCUUUCAUAUGAAGAUAUAGCCUACAAGUUCAAUGUAUCAAAGUCAAGUGUUGGCGAAUGGGUAAAAGACAUUCAUCAAUUGAAAAGGGGAGAUCAAGGUUUAGAGAAAAGAAAGCCUAUGCAUAUUAUUAGCUCUCAUAAUUUUUUAAUGCCUUUGCGUUUAAAUGAAUUCUAUCUGACUCUCCCAAUCUUUAUUUUGUAAAUUUAUAAUGAACGAUUAUCUUAUAUAAUUUAAACUUUUUUAUAGUAAAAAAUUUCCGUUAUUAAAUGGUACCUAAGGCUCCAUUUUUAGGGGAAAAAAAAUGAUCUCGUCCGCUAUUAGUGGGGGGGAGUUAGCACUGUUCGCUCAAAUUUUGAUAAGAAAUGCUCUUUCGAGCAAUGCCUUAUGGGAAAAGAGGAAAUUGCUUGUGCGGAAAAUAUCGGUGAAGAAAAAUCAUAA